CCUCAGCGGAGCGGCGUCUCACUGCAGCAGCGGGAAACAGCCGCGUCGCGUCCAGAAUGGAAAUUCCAGCUGUGAUUUUCUUGCUAACAGUCCAGACCUGGCUCACUAGUGGACAGGAGGACAACGAGGUCCUUAAACCCACGGAUACACAGGCCAGGUACCAGAAUCAACAGAUUGAGAGCGCCAGGCUUCUGGAUAUCAACAUCAGACAGAACAUUUCUACUGCAGACCUGACCUCCAGACAAACUGCCAGCCUUGUUACUGAUCUAGUGCCUGUAGGGGGACUCAACUUCUCCUGUGCUGUUGGCUACACUCAGAAAGGGGAUGCAGAGUGUCAGGAUAUUAACGAGUGUGCGCAGGGUGAUGAGGGACCCUGUGGCCACCACAGCAAUUGUACCAACACCCCAGGCUCCUUCGUGUGUAGCUGCAUUCGUGGGUAUUUGAUGAGUUCCAGUGGUUGCCAAGAUAUAGAUGAGUGUGCAUUAGCUGCAGUGACUGGUCUACAGGCGUGUGGGCGAAGAACAGUAUGUAAAAACAGCCCCGGUUCCUUCACCUGCCACUGUCCUGCUGGAUUUGUCCGCGGAUUCGAUGGAUACAACUGUGUUGAUGUUGAUGAGUGUACUUUUGAAGAGAGCUGCAGAAGGGAGCUUGGGAACGUCUGCGUGAACACGGAGGGAAGCUACAAAUGUGUGUGUCAGCCUGGAUUCAAGGAGUACCAAGCAGCCUGCAUAGAUGUUGAUGAAUGUGUUGAGCUAGAUGGGGUGUGUACUAAUCGAGGGGAAUGUGAGAACACAUUUGGGAGUUACAAGUGCGUCUGUUCUCUUGGGUACCGUGGCAACGGAACCCACUGCACAGAUGUGAACGAGUGCGUCUCAGGGCUUCAUAACUGCCACGUGAACGCCCGCUGUGGAAAUGUGAUGGGUUCGUACUUCUGCCAGUGCCAUCAAGGCUACAGUGGAGAUGGUCACUCCUGCUACGAUAUAGACGAGUGUGCCCUAAGAGGCGACCUCUGUCAGCAUAACUGUGCCAACUUACCAGGAGGGUACAGCUGCCUAUGCCACGCAGGAUACACACUGGCAAAUGAUAUGCACAACUGUACAGAUGUAGAUGAGUGUGGGAGUGGCAAUGUGACAUGUGAGCAGCUUUGCACCAACACACCAGGCUCCUUCCUGUGCUCCUGUCGUGCAGGAUAUCAGUUGCACAUCGAUAGACAUCGCUGUGUCGACAUAGAUGAGUGUAAACUGCAGAACGGUGGCUGUUCUCAUACCUGCACCAACACACCAGGUGGACAUGUAUGCCACUGCCCUCCUCCACUCCUGCUGGACCACCUCAACACCACCUGCGUCAACAUCACUUCGUGCGCCUUGCGGAACGCCGGCUGUGAUCAAUUAUGUUCCCUGGGAUCCGAGGGACGUGUUAAGUGUAGCUGCAGAGAGGGUUGGGAGCUGGGAACAGACCAGAGAACGUGUCUCGACAUCGAUGAGUGUGCGAUGUUUAAUGGGGGUUGUGAGCAAGUGUGCGCGAAUCAGGCCGGCAGCUUUAACUGUACCUGCAAGCCUGGGUUCGAACCUCGCACAGAUGACCCUACAAAAUGCAGACCGGUGUGUGAACCUGCAUGCCAGAAUUACGGCGUGUGUGUCGCACCUAAUUCCUGUGACUGCCCCGCUGGUUAUCCAGGGCCUGGUUGCUCAGCAAUGUGCUCACCACCUUGUGCUCAUGGCGGGACCUGCAUGCGCUGGAACACUUGUCUGUGUCGUCCUGGCUGGACUGGAGAGGGUUGCCAUACAGCUGUGUGCGAGCUGCCGUGUGGAAACGGUGGUCGGUGUGUGGCUCCGAACGUCUGCCAGUGUGCUUCUGAUUAUACUGGCCUGCAGUGUCUGACUCCUCUGUGUAGUCCUCCUUGUUUGAAUGGCGGGAGGUGUGUAGAUGUGAACACCUGUAGCUGUGCAGGAGCCUGGCAGGGAGCUCGCUGUCAGAUAGAACCAGUGCUAUGUGUGAAGCCCUGUAACAACGGUGGAGAGUGUGUGGGACUCAACAGGUGUCGAUGCCCCACUGGCUUCACGGGAGGUCUCUGUGAAACAGCUGAGACUAUGCCCUGUGUGCCACCCUGUCAGCAUGGCGGCACCUGCAGCCCACAGAAUACUUGCACCUGCCCAGCAGGGACCAGAGGCCUGCGAUGUGAGAAGCUGACCUGUCCAGUGGUGACCACGGUAGUCAGCAUGGCUCGAGCGGUGCGCAAAGGUUUUAAAGAAAGUUACGUAGAUCGGUGCGGACCUUUGGGGGUUUUGCUCUGCACCAAGUACAGAAUAAAUCAAGCACGUGUGUAUCUACAGGCAUACAGAGUGGGAUACAAGAUCCAGUGUCCGAGUAAAAUGGGAGUAUGACCCUAAAAACGCAAAAUACAUACAGUACACGGUCGUACCACCUUUCCUGUAUUACAUUCCUACAAUGUUUUUUUUGUUUUUUUUUUGUAUGAACAUAAACAUCUUUAGUACAUCGUCGAACAAGGUUAGAUUUUCACACACUUUUUUUUUUUUUUGUCAUUUUGCUGUAAUUAAUGUGCUUUAAUAUCAUUUACAUGCUCAUCAUAAGUGCAUUCACAAAGCUCUCCAACUUGAGAGUGUAUCAGCUGUGUUUCACUGUUUCGUCUCUUACAAAGUGACAGUUAUAUAGUAUUAGCUACAAUUAUCUACUUGAAUAUUGCUGGACUGCAUUGGAGAUUCUGGUGCUCAGAUGUGUAGACCAUCAGCUGUUUAUCAGCAUACUGAUCCAGAAACUGCUUGCCUGCUUCCCAUGAGUCAUGGGAAUUUGCCUACUCAGAAUCCUGCUACCUCAGAGUGCCUGCUGUAGCAACAAUAGUAGACUGGAUACAGAACUGGAGCAUGUGUUUCCCCCUUCAUUCUCUCUUUCCCUGGCACAAACCCAGUGCAUCGAAUCAUUAUUCACCUUCUGCCCUCAGCUCACAGGCCGACCGCUAAUAAUUCCAGUCACUGAGCUGUAUUCAGCACAAGCUGCCAUGUUCUUUAGUUAAUCUGGCUAGUGCUUAAAUCUUAUUGAGUUCUAGGUCAGCCACAAGCAGUGUGCCAAAUUCUCAGAAAAUCCCUGUGCCAAAGGCAAACCAUCUCUGAACCCAACCUAAUCAGGUCAGUAGCUGCAAACGAUUUGAACCAAGGGUUCAAAAAGCUCAAUAAAUGUUUCAAUUUUGUGAAUGGCAUAACAUCAGGCACUUGGAGCGUCACUGGGCCCAAUGGAAGUCAGUUAUACUGGGCCCCCCUAAGCUUCCACAAAGCGAAGUUUUUUUUAAGGGCCCCACUGUCAUUCAAGGGCCCCUGAAAUCAUCCUUACUUAGACCCCACUUUAUGGCACCCAUGCCAGACCCCUGCCAGCUUGGUCAUUUUAGGACUAAAGCCACAUAUUUAUUACUCAUUAGCUUCUAUAAAACUCUCCUGUUAAGUCAAGGUACAAGCCCAACUACCUUUAUCCAAGAGAUUCUUCCAAGCAGGGCAGGGAGUUGAUUGAAGCUUUGCUUUUAAUAGCCUGAGAGCACAGAAAAUCGGUCUGGUUUAAGCCACGUUUAACUGGCACACUCCACGCUACCAGAAGCAGGUUAAACAAAGCAAUGAAGUCCUAGACUUUGGAUUGAUACAAGAAGUCAAUGAAACAAUUUGAUUCAGAAAUACCACCCCAAUAGGUUUCCAAGGGCUUAAGCAAUGCUCUGAUGUCUUCUGAAAGUUUGUGUUGUCAGAACCAUAGCAUAUGAAAUCACACACUCAAGGUUCUGGGUGAUGACAGGUCCACUAUGGGUCGGGGCUUCAGAAGAAUUCAACGGAGUGUAUUAAUACGAGGUAGGAACCGGCAGAGGUGAAUGUCUUUAGAGUAGAUAAACAUGCCUCUGGGACUUUGUGCAUCAUGUUUCCACCUCCUUUAGUGAAAACACAAAGAACUCAGUAAGUGAACCAAAGGUGUUAGACUUUGCUCAAGGCAGGUAGUACGAGUGGCAUCAACUUCAUAAACAUAUUCUUAGUAGUUUUAGCUAGUAUCAUGUGUUACUCUUCUGUGUGACAUACAUGAUCAUAAUAAAUUAGCAGUUUUGGGUGUUUGUGUCUUUUUUUUU